AUGAAUCGAGAAGAAUUACUCGAAUUAAUAAAACAAAAAGAUGAUAUUGAAAAAGAAUUACUUGAAUUAGGAAAUGAACUUAAACUACAAAAUAAUGUUGGAAUGACAGGUGAACUUGUCGAUAAAGAAGGAUAUCCUAGAAAUGAUAUUGAUCUUGUUAGAGUACGUCAAAUACGACAGCGAGUUAUCUGCUUACAAAAUGAUCAUAAAACAUUGAUGAAACAAAUCGAAGAUGGCCUGAUACAAGUUCAUGAAAGUACUAUCAAAAAUCCAUCGAAUACUACUGAUGCGAUAACAACUGCUCCUCCGAGCAAUGCUAAUUUACCUAAAAAAGAGCCAUUUUUACGUGUUGAUAUUGUCAGUAAGCAAUCACCUGCUGAACUAGCUGAUCUACAUGUUGGUGAUUUGAUUUGUCGCAUUGGUACAAUUCGUAAAGAUAAUUUUCGUACGAUGCAAGAUGUCGCAGCACUUGUAAACAAUAGUGAAAAUCGUUCAAUUACAUUAUUUGUUGAACGUGUCAAUACAAAAGAACAGCAGACAUUGACAUUAACACCAAAAAAAUGGUCUGGAAAUGGUUUAUUAGGCUGUAAAUUAACACCAUUGAGUUGA